CCCAAAUUGCGAGUGCAUGUUGUUAUUGAGAGGCAGUGUCCCUACAUAUGUGCCAUCUAUUUUCAUGUGGCGGAUUCACUCUUGUGAGGGAGAUCUAAUUCCAGAAAGAGUAAAAAGAUGACAGAAAUGGGUUCAAUGGAUGAUCAUCUGUUCGAGUCAUCAGGCCCAGGAAAACUGCAUGCCAUCUGUGUUCCGAUGCCAGCGCAAAGCCACAUAGGCGGAAUGCUGAAAUUUGCAAAACUUCUCCAUCACAAGGGCUUCUACAUCACCUUCGUCAACACCGAGUUCAACCACGCACGGUUACUCAAAGCGAGAGCCGGAGGUCCUAAUGUUGACGCGGAGGGGGACCUUUCAAGAGGGGAUCGUUUUCAGUUCUUGACUAUCCCUGAUGGGCUUCCGCCUUCGGAUGCCGAUGCCACGCAAGAGCGGGUCUCGAUGUGUGACUCGGCGAGGAAGUACAUGGUCGCUCCUUUCUCUGACCUUGUAUCCAAUCUUCUUCGUCACGCUUCCCAUACUUCAGAGGCAACUAGUACUGCUAGUGUUCCUCCAAUUUCUUGCAUCGUAGCGGAUGCUGGUAUGUCAUUCGCUACAUGUCCUGCUGCUGAAAAGUUUGAGAUCCCCCUCAUAAAUUUGUGGACUAUCCCGGCCUGUGUUCUCAUGGCGCUCAUGCAAUUUCGCACCCUCAUGGACAAAGGUCUUGUACCUCUCCCAGAUGAAUCCUAUCUAAGCAAUGGCUAUUUGGACACCUCCAUCGAUUGGAUCCCUGGCAUGAAGAACAUGAGGCUACGCGACAUGCCCAGCUGCUGCCGCACCACCGACCCUGACGACACCAUAUUCAACUUUCUCAUGGAAGCGGGCGAGAGAGCUCAUAAAGCCACAGCCACCGCCGUCCACACUUUUGAAGCGCUCGAGCCACACGUGUUGAGUGCCCUGUCCUCGUUGGUCCCUCGACUUUACGCGGUGGGCCCAUUCCAUCUAUUGCUCAACCAGAUCCCCGGAAACGACCAGUCGGACGUUGUGAAGAAUAUUAAAUGCAAUCUUUGGAAAGAGCACAGCGAAUGCAUCCAAUGGCUGGACUCGAAGAGACCCAGAUCGGUGAUUUACGUCAGCUUUGGGAGUGUAGUAUGUGUGACGCACCAGCAGUUGGUAGAGUUUGCGAUGGGAUUGGCCAAUAGCGAACAAUGCUUCUUGUGGGUCAUAAGGCCAGACCUGGUGAUGAAAGCAAGUGGAAUUGAUCUUCCUGGUGAGUUUCUCGAAGAAAUUAGGAGAGAGAGGGGUCUCCUCUCGGGUUGGUGCCCGCAAGAGAAGGUACUGAGCCACCCUUCGAUCGGAGGGUUUUUGACUCACUGCGGGUGGAACUCGACCAUCGAGAGCUUGACGGCCAGAGUGCCGAUGCUCUGUUGGCCAUGUCAAGACGACCAACAGACAAUAUGUAAGUAUGUUUGUGACGAGUGGGAGGUUGGGUUGGAGAUCGGGAGUGCUGUGAAGAGAGAGGAAGUGGAGAGGCUUGUGAGGGAGUUGAUGGUGGAAGGAGAGAUGGGGAAGAAGAUGAAGAAGAGGGCCGAGGAGUGGAAGGAACUUGCAGUGCAGGCGGUCGGUCCACAUGGGUCCUCCUCCAUUAAUUUGGACAUGUUGGUCGACGACAUCUUGUCCAAAAAUAAUUAGUUGGUUCUAUAGAGUCGUACACCUAAUCAGUUGCAUGUCGCCUGUGUUCUAUGGUCACGAUGUUGAAGAUGAUUUUGGAGUUGAUAAGAAAGCUCAAUUAGAAUAAAAUGGAAAAGAACUAUGUGAUAUCUUCUUCGUACCAUGAAUAUUUCGAUUAUUUAUUCUAUAAUGAAGUGGUACAUCUACUGAUGUUUGUGGUAA